AUGUGGGAUGGCCCCAGCUUCUCCAAUGGUGAUUUCAUGUGGUAUGGGUAUGAAGUCGGAUCCGACCUAGCGAAAAUUGCCGCAACGACCUGUGAUGAGAAUGGGGAGUGUAUCCCCGAUGGCAGAGAACAGCUCCAUGCAAUGUAUCAAGGCUUUAUUCUAAGGGACCUAUCUACCAAUAUUACGAAAGUCACACACGAGGAGUUCGACUACAUGUUCCGUACCUUACAGCGAAUAUUCAGCUCAUCGAUGGCUGCAACCGAUCCUGAUCUCGCAGACUUCAAAAACGCGGGUGGUAAGAUGAUCACAUACCACGGCCUAGCAAGUACCCCUUUCUAUAUAUACUUCAAUCUUGACAAACGCUACUAUGGAAAACAGGCCGAUGAAGCCAUUACACCGGCCAGUACAUUGAAAUACUACAAGCAAGUAAUGAAACUAGACAACGCAACUUCUGAUUUCUUCCGUUACUAUCGCAUCCCCGGACUCGCGCAUUGUUGGGGAGGCGCCGGAGGUCAGCCUGGGAGUAUGUUCGACCAGCUACGGCUGUGGGUAGAGAAUGGAACGGCUCCCGAGGCAAGUCCCGUUAAAAUACAACAGUCAGGCAAUACGACGAGGGAUGAGAUUAUAUGUCCGUAUCCUAAGAAGGCGACUUUCGAGAAGGCCUGUACGAAUUCUACUUCUACUGCAGAAUGCUGGUCAUGCGAAUAAGCAUUAAGCACACUAAGGAGGGUGAUUGAUGGACUCUAGCACGUAGAGACAGAUGUAGACUACAGCUAGGGGCUUUAAAUUUGGAUGAAUGUAGCAAACUUGUUUGCAGUUCUACACGUGGCAAAGGUACUAAUAGGUAAAGGUUCU